AUGCCAAACAUCUCGCCCGCGAGCCUGUCAUCAAGGAAGAAGUACAGUCUGGGCGACUUUGUUCAGUAUGCUAGAGGCAAACAUGAGGACCAAUAUGCCGCGGUCGCCGAUCUCAGCAUAUACAAGUUCGCCGACAAAGCAUAUCUGGACGAGAACAACACACCUUGCCGCCGGCAUAUGCUCCUCGUCGGUCACUAUUGGCGAAAGAGCGGCGGUCGGCCUGCGUGGGCACAUGCGACUGGUACUCACAUACGCUACUAUUCGGGUGAGGGAAUUCAGGUCAAUCCACUGAUUCAGGACAUCCAAUCCUCCAAGGUCUACUACGGAACGCCCUUCAACGCGAUGAGCGGCAUUCACGACUCCAGCAACACGAAGCCUCGCAUGACUGUCGAACGCAAGUUCGAGCGGGCCCUGGUCGAGUCUGUCAUUAACUUCAUAUUCCUCAAGAAGGGCCAAUUGGUAUGGGCGUUGGAUCUGGAGAGUCCGGACAUGCUCGGAAGCUUUAGACUGGCGUGCAGGAACUUUGCGCAAUACCAGAAGAUGCCUCGGACUGACACGAGAUCUCUGGAUGAAGAACUUCUGGACAUCCAGGCAGAAAAUGCAGCAGUACAGGAGCAGGCUCAGUUCAUCCAAGGAUACAGCGGCGGCAACGGUCUUGCGUUCAGAAGCGGGUCCUCGGCCUUGACGCUCCCUGCCAAACGCUCCUUCGUAGACCUGACGGACAGCGCAUCUGAUGAUGCAUCGCAGGGCUCCAACAAACGUUUAUCUCCAUCCGAGUCCGCUGUCGCGAACCAAGACGCCGAAAUAUACGCUGGAUUGGAACAAGAGGUGCAGGCUCUCAGAGCUAAGCUUGAACAACAGGAAGCCAAGAUCGAUGCAUCCGAGGCUGAGGUCAUGCGGCAAAAGGCGAAGAGACGAACCUUACGAACGCAACGAGAAGAGUGGAAAGAAAAGUACAUCGCCCAACAGAGUCUUACCCAGGCACCGGCCGAAAGUGUCAAAGAAGAGGAAGAGAGUGAAGAUUGGAAGGGGAUGCUGUUCGAGCAAGAAAGAAAGACUGAGCAUUACAAGCUCAAGUACAUUGCGCUGAAAGAAGAGAAGAGAAAUUGGCAGGUACAAGUCAGAGAGCAAGUCAAGGAUAUUGCAGACGACGAAGCCGUAAUUCACCCCACCGGCACCGGCAUAUCAGACGACCAUAUACAAGAGGGAGAUAGGGUGAAGCAGCCGAGCGAACACGGUGGAAAGAAGAAUGCUCUGAUAAGUCAAACCAAACCCAGAGCCAUAAGACCGACAGAGAGAAAAGAUGCUAUCUUACUUCGUGAAAGUCUGACGAAGUAUUGGAUGUCUACUUCAGAAUCCAUGGAGAAGUAUUUCGACGGCCGAAAUCUUAACAGAAAAAGGCGAAAAGAUUUGGUAUUAGACGAAUUGACCAUGAUGGCGGCCUUACUGCUUCAUGAGGAGCAACUCAAGGGUGUUGAUGUCAAGCGAGAAGAUGUGAAAAGGCGGGCGUAUAUUCAAGCAGUUGAGCAAACCGAGCACUUGAUGGAGACACAGGGAGUUCUCGUCAAGGCCAAAAAGGCGAAGAACAGGUCAAAGCGAACUACUCUGGCGUGA